GGUGCAUAAUUGUUUGAGAUUCAGAGGGGCUCAUACUGAAGUUUGCCACGACAUCGUUCUCCACUAUUGUGCCAUUGCUGCUAAAACAUAAACCACAAAUGCUUGUUGCUUCUUCCAUCCCACCCGCUCCCGCUCUCCUUCCCUCUCCAUCGCAAAAUCCCACCUGCCCCCCUUCACUCCAACUCCGACCAACACAUCAUCGUCGCCUUCUUCUGCUUGGUCUGGCCACUUCGUCCCUCCCUCUCCUCCUCCACGCCAUUCCGGCCGCCGCAGCCCGUGGGCUUUUCCAGAUGCCUCCCGCCCGUCUCAGCAACCGAUACUUCCUAGUCCGGGCUGGGGAGUCGGUUUACGAGGGCAUGGGCCUCCUUAACACCAACCCCGUCACCAAGACCUCCAUCGACAGCGGGCUCUCGCCGGAGGGCAGGCGCCAGGCGACGCGUGCGGCGGUUGAGCUCCAGCGAUUGGGGGCUUGUAGCGGGAGCUGCUGGAUCUGGCCAUCCAUUACACAGAGGGCAUAUCAGGCUGCGGAGAUCAUUGCCUCCGUCAAUGGAAUCAAUCGCAGUCGCAUUGUCCCUGAAUAUAGUUUUUUGGAUGCACGUGGAGUGGGCGCUUUCGAAGGAAAGAGCUUGGAUACUGUUUCCGAGCUGUAUGCUUCCGAUGGAAUUUCAACAAACAAUAAACCACCUCCCAUUAGGGAUGGAACGCCAAAUGAAAGUGUUUCAGAUGUCUAUGUUCGAAUUACGCAACUCAUGUCCAUUUUAGAAACUCAAUAUUCUGAAGAAACCAUUGUUAUCGUAUCUCCAGAUUCAGAUAAUUUAUCAAUCUUGCAAGCUGGAUUAACAGGAAUUGACCUUCGCAGGCACUGGGAACUAUUUUUUAAGCCUGGGGAGGUUCGACUGGUGGAUCCUGAAAGCAUCCCCACUUACAAAAUGCCAGCUUCAGCUGUCUACAAGUGUAUGAAUCCCCCAACUUGUACAUGAUUUUGGACUGCAGGCAAUCUAUGGAAGCCCUUUUUUCUUCUUCUUUUUUUCACGCAUGGAGUUGUACAUCUCAUUACAGUCAAAUGAGGCAUGAUUUACAUUUUCAAAAAAAAAAAAAAAAAAAGCUUCAUGAUUUAAAUCAGAUUGACACAUCCUACGGACUUCUUUUUUAAACUCAAUUAGCUCAUUAUUCAAACUCCGAGGACCCAUUCCCUCACCCACCAAGGAGAAAUAUUUGCGUACGUCUAACGU